AUGUCCGGUGCCGGACGUGCUCGUGUUGGCCAUACCCCAGUGUUGAUCUCGUCUAAGCCCCACGAAAUGACGAUCAGCGGCCAAACGUCUGUGGCCGUUGUGCUCGUCGUGGUCAUGGUGCUAGUGAAUGCUCUCGACGGACUUUGCGCUGCAACUCUUGCGGCCAGACUGGACACUACCCAGGGCGAACAUGCCACGCUCUGCCACUUCUGCGGCCAGCCUGGACACACCGUCGCCAAGUGCCCGUCCAAGCCCGCAAAUGAAGCCUGGGGCUUUGGCGCUGAGAUGAACCUUACGGGAACAGGUUUCGUCUCGGCUUGCCACACUCAGUACGCUCCCUACGUGCCUGAGAACAAUGCAUCUUCCUUUCCUUCCCCCGCCGACGGACUCUGUUCGUCUGGCCAAGCUCGAGUCAAACUCUUCACCUACGCACUCAAGGCCCACGCCCAGGAAUCACGUUUGUCUGGCCAAGUCUGUUUGUGA